CGUUGAGACACUCGACAAGUACUUUGGCAAUGUGUGCGAGCUCGACCUCAUCUUCAACUUUCAAAAGGCAUACUUUGUCCUAGAUGAACUCAUCAUGGCGGGCGAGCUACAGGAGAGCUCAAAGAAGAGUGUCUUGCGCGUUAUCGGGCAGCAAGACGCACAGGAAGACCUCGAAGCAGAGGAACAAGGACUCGGGCAGUUUCUUGCAGACAUGACGCGCUAAGUCGCCCAUCACAACGACGGAGUGUCGCAGGUUACGAGACGCUGCUCGAUGCUGUGUCAGCAUGACGUAGACGAGGCGAUCGAUGACAUCCUGGAGAACAUAUAAGGACGGAGGGCGCUUGAAGUGCGAGGAGACUACAAGCAGGUAAAGAUGGCAGCAAACGCAGCAGCCAACAUAGCAGAGCGCGUAACGACUGACCUGCCGAGUCUGACUCAUGCUAGCGCCAAUCCUGCAGCUGACGGAGACACGUAUGCCAAGGAAGGAACAACGAUGCAGGCUCUUGCUUGGUUGGGCAGCAACCACGUUGGUAUGGUCGAGUCGAAGCAGCCAAAGCUCGUGGACGACCACGACGUCAUUCUCAAGAUCGCCGCUACGACGACAUGCGGUAGCGACUUGCACUUGUACCAUGGCGCGGUUGUUGAGAUGCACAAGGGCGACAUUCUCGGGCAUGAGUUUGCUGGUAUCGUGAGCGAGGUGGGCAGUGCAGUCAAGGACGUCAAGCCAGGGGAUCGUGUGGUCGCCUCCUUCCAGGCUGCGUGCGGCAAGUGCUACUACUGCAAGCAGAAGCUCUCCUCGCAGUGUCUCAAUACCAAUACAUCGACUGUGGAAAACUACCUCUAUGGACAGCGUACGGCAGGCAUGUUUGGGUACUCGCACUUGACGGGCGGCUGGUGUGGUGGUCAGACAGAGAUGGUGCGCGUACCUUUUGGAGAUGUCAACCUGCUCAAGUUGCCUGACUCUGUUCCCUUUGAAAAGGGCUUGUACCUCUCAGACAUCCUCUGCACCUCAUACCACUGCGUCAAGGAAGCAGACGUCAAGGAAGGCAGCAUUGUCGGCAUCUGGGGCCUUGGUGCUAUUGGACUUGCAUGCAUCAAGUGGUGCGAGCUGAAAGGAGCUAAGCGUAUCAUUGUGGUGGACACGCAGGAACGCCUCGCCAUCGCCAAGAGCAAGUUUCCGCAGGUUGAGACCAUCGACUUUACCAAAGAAGAUGUGCAAAACACCAUCAUGGAGCUGACCAAGACGGAAGAAGCGCCUGGGCUGGACGCUGCGCUCGACUGUGCUGCCGGAGAGUAUGCUCAAUCCUUGCUGCACAAGUUCGCCAGGGCCGUCAACCUCGAGACUGACACGCCAGAACAGCUGAACCAGUGCAUUACUUCUUGCAAGGGUAUCCUCGGCAAAGUCUCGGUUGCAGCACUGUAUGUCGGCAUCACGAACGGCUUCAAUGUUGGUGCAGCCAUGCAGCGUGGUGUGAAACUGAUGUUCAACGGGCAGGCUCCAGUGCACCUUUACUGGCAGGAGAUUCUGGACGAGUAUAUUGUCACAGGCAAGUUUGACCCGCUCGAAGUCUUUGUGACGCAUCGCAUCAAAUUGGAGGACACGGCCAAGGCGUACACGUACAUGGACGAGCAUAAGGAUGACAUGAUCAAGUGUUUCAUUGAGACACGCUUUUCGGAGCCUGCUUGCGCGGGCAGUCCUGCCUUGACAACGUUGUAGUGGUUUGAAGUAGU